CUCCUCAUAUUGGGUUGGAGUUGGAGAAUUCCCAAAAGACUGGCAGCAGGAUAGGAUUACCUGAGGGCCGAUCAGCCAAUCGUCAGACUCUCUGACUGGGACAAAGUCCUGUUUCGUGAGUCAUUUAACUCUCCUUGUUCUCCAGCUCCUUUCUGAAGGGUUUAAUGUUACACCCACUUCAAAACUUUACCUGCCCAGGUGAUCUGCAGCGCUGAAAGGCAACUUCACCGAUGAAGUUAUAUCUUGACUGCUAAUGACUUCUUCAUCCAAUCCAAGAUGACCAACCAAAUCCUGCCCUGUGAAUGAGCAUUGGGAGGAGAGUACAAAGGUGGAAGUCGCCACGGUGAUGGCUGAAGCAUCAGCUCCACCUUUAUCCCCAUCAGACUAUGGCUUGCUGUCACCACCUCCCGACAUGUGCAGAUCAUGCGGCCACAUCCACAACCUGGAGGAGAACCACGAGUACCUCUACCAGGAGGAGGUGGACGACGACCUCGUCUGCCACAUCUGCCUGCAGCCGCUCAUCAGGCCUCUGGACACGCCGUGCGGGCACACCUACUGCCAGGAGUGUCUCACCAGCUUCCUGCUGGAGAGCGAUUUCUGCCCCGUGUGCCGUUCGCCCCUCAUGCUGCAGAGCUGCAGGAAGCCCAGCCUGCUAGUGCACAAGCUGCUGGACAAGCUGACUGUAGGCUGCCCUUUCACCGACCACUGCACCGAAAAGUUGCCUCGUGGCGAACUGGAAGACCACAUCAAGAGCAGGUGUAAAGGAGCCUCUCACUAUGGGCUCUCGUCGGACAGGAAGCGACGUUCACAGGAAGGUGAGUGCACGGACAGCACGUCCGAGCUCACCAUCGCCACGCUGCCCAAUGACAGCCCCACCUCUGCAGCCGUGGCCCUCCUGUCUGAUGAGCCCGGCCUGGUCAACCCCGGCUUCGACCCGAGCAUGGAGGACAACAGUCAGUCCGGCAGCAUGACCAGCCUGGCAGCUCGCAGCAGCGCCAAGAAGAGUGAGUGUGAGUGGGCAAACGGAGUCAGAAACUUUGACCGUUCAUCAGUAAGGAGUCGCUCCUUCAGGAGGCUGAACCGGGCCUUCAGUGUUCUGCGGAGGACAAAGAGUGGCAACACAGUCAGCAAUGAGACAUCUGAGGAGAGAGACAAUGCCAGAAACUCCAGUGUGCCACAAGAAGUGCUGGUUCUUCCUCAGCUUCAUCACCUGAUCCCUGACGGGGAACUUACCACCAUUAAAAUUACACGGGUGGAUCCGGCAGAUCCGCUGGCCAUCAGCACCGUUGGUGGCAAUGAGACCCCUCUGGUUCGCAUCCUCAUUCAAGAUAUCUACAGAGAGGGGGUCAUUGCUCGGGAUGGACGCUUGCUGCCUGGGGACAUGAUCCUGAAGGUAAAUGGCAUCGACAUAAGCAAUGUACCACACUGCUUUGCAGUAGCAACUCUGAAACAGCCCUGCCAACUCCUCCGGCUAACCGUCCUCAGAGAACAGCGCUAUCAUUACCGCACCCAUUCGCACAGCCACCCAUAUGGCCAUGGGCACGGUCACGAUGUGGCCGGUGGCCACCAACCCCAUCAUCCCUUGAGAGAUGACAGCAUUCACGUAGUGCUGAAUAAAACCGCUCCACAGGAACAGCUGGGCAUUAAGCUAGUGCGGCGGCCAGAGGGGCACGGGGUCUACGUCUUUCACCUGCUGGAGGGCGGCCUGGCAGCACGCGACGGACAGUUGUGUGUGGGAGACCGCUUGCUGGCCAUCAACGGGCAGGAUCUUCGUUAUGGGGCCCCGGAACACGCUGCUCUGCUUAUCCAGGCGAGUGAGCAGUGCGUCCACUUCAUAGUAUCUCGCCAGAUCUGUGUGCCCUCACCUGACAUCCUACAAGAAGCUCCUUGGGGGAUGGACGGUCCCCCACCAUACUCCCCUGUGGAUAUCGAGCAAACACUGCUUGACUCCUGUCAGAAACCUGCAUGCUAUGAGAAAACCGUCACUUUAACUAAAGAGCCGUACGACUCCCUGGGCAUGACGGUGGCAGGCGGCAUGUCCAGUCGAGGGUGGGACCUCCCCAUCUACGUCACAAACGUGGACCCCGACGGAGUGGUGGGGCAGGAAGGCUCCAUCCGCAAAGGUGACAUUUUGAUGAACGUGAACGGAUUGGAUUUGACGGGGGUGACUCGAAGCGAGGCUGUGGCCAAUCUGAAGAACACCUCUUCUCCUGUUGUGCUCAAGGUCUUGGAGAUGCGUCCUCCAGAGGACAGCCUGCAAGACUGCCCGUUGCCACCUUGUCUUACACCCUCGCCCACAGAUAGUAUCAAGAGCCCGGUGCCGAACGAUGAUUACUCCCCUCUGUGGGUGUCAUGGCUGCAGCUACCCAGACACCUGUACUGCUGUAAAGACAUCGUCCUGCGGCGGAGCAAUUCGGGUAGCCUGGGCUUCAGUAUUGUGGGAGGUCAGGAGGAGGUGAACUGCAAUCAAUCCUUUUUUAUCCGCUCUAUAGUGGAAGGCACGCCAGCUUACAACGAUGGAAGGAUAAGAUGUGGUGACAUCCUGCUUGAGGUGAAUGGGACGAGUACGUGGGGGAUGACCCACACAGCAUUAGUUCGCCUUCUGAAGGAGCUACGGGGUAAAAUCACCCUGACCAUCGUCUCUUGGCCAGGCAGCAUGCUGUAGCAGUGCUGCGAACCUUCCAGCGCUGCUUUAGUGCCACUGACCAUGAAACACGGACGGCAGAGCUCCGGACUGGCUGACCAUCCUAAGCUUGCCUUGUGGGAGAAGCUUAGAAUAGUGUUGUUGAUGUUUGGAUACCUCACUUCGGAUGGACUACUGAUAUUCUGCCAGGAGUUUGGAGGGGUACUGAGAUGAGACAAGACUGUUACCAGAAGGUUAACUUGCCCCCCUUCGGGAAUGCUGAAUUGGGAGGAUCCUCGCCUGAGACACUUCUCACUAGGAUGUUUGGUGUUAUCUGUUUAGAGGACACUGUCAUUGUCUGGAACAGCAUCCAGAGACCGGGGUUGCAGGAUCGAAGGGACACACAACAUGUUGCCAAUUCUAAUAAAUAUAUUAGUAUGUGCGUAAAGCUGGACUCACAAUUCUUUACAUAAAUGUUGGUUGUCUAUUAAAGUACUGAUCCAAGCACUUGUAAAAUGUUUCUUUUGUUUGUUGUAUGGCCUUCAAAUGUAGGCUUUAUUCUGUUUGUACUGACAGUGGUUGUCAUAUUCAUCCAGUUGACCUGAAGACACAUUGCCAAGUAGUAGUCUGUGAGGUUUUCUUCUCUUCUUUUUUUUUUCUGUUGUCUCAGAAGCUAUGGCUAACUUAUCAAAACCACUGGCAAGGAAGUUAUAAGAAAACAUAAAGGAUUAAUGUGUUUAUAAAAUGUUCAAAAGUUACAUUUAAUUAGGUGACAUUGUGGAGGCCUUACUAAUUUUCUUACUUUUGAGAAAAAAACUGACUUGGUUUUUGUGUAUCACUGGAUGGCUUGAGGCCAUCUGCUGUGGUUGUGUCUGUCACGCUUCGGCCUGUGUAGUAUAUCUGAUGGUACAUUCGGUUAAAUGAUCAAUAAAGUCAUUUGAAAAAGAGUUCAGUACGAGGAACUCUUAAUUAAAAAGCACUUUUCCCCCAGGUUUCACAAAGCUAAAACAAACAGCAAUAUGAGAGUAAAACACAUAAAAUGGAACAAUAAUAAGAUUUUUCAUCAAUUUCAAACUUUGAAAAUAUGUAAAGGACUAUUUCAUUUUCUGAUGCAACAGGGGUGUUCAUUUGAAAAAGAUUGGAUGACUUGAACUCAGUCAGAUGAUCUAGUCCUUUCUCGGUCAGAGGAAGUCAUCUUGUUUCUCUCCUUCGAUGCUUUUUCUUGACCUUUUUGAGUUUGUCUUCUGUUCUGGCCUUAUCAUCCUUCCUUCUGCUAGUGAGAAUAUACAUGAGAAAAAGAUUAUUCUGUCUUUUUAUAUUAAUAUGUGGAUGUGUGUCUUUUCAGACCUUUGUGAAGUUUUUUUCAAUCCCUUGCUCUCAUCUCUCUUCCUGGUUUCUCCACUGUCUCUUUCAUAUCUGGGAUGUUUGGUCCCACGCUCCACAGAACUCAUCUGUUCCUUUCCACUGAAAGAAAAGUCAUACCAUAGAAACAUGCAGGAUACUCUUUCUAUUUACAAUUAUAAAACUGUAGGGUUUUUCAAUAUCAAAUCGUAUAAAAAGUAAAAAAGGUUUUGGCCAACAGGAGUGAGACUGACGCUCUUUAGACCCUUAUCCACCAAGAAAGAUAAAUUAGGACUAAAGUAACACAAUAAAGUAACACAAAGUGUCACCACAAUAUCCUCUGUCUCCUACAGCUUUUGUAGCCUCCCCAUGGC